AUGGCAUCAAAUAGAGAUUUGUAUAUGAAGAAAAAUACAACAUGGUUAAAUAUUGUAAUAAGAGAUUGUAUUGAAAUCGGAAAUGAUAUAAAUGUUGAUGAAAUAUUACCAAUAUGGACAAAAGAACAAGAAGACAUGGUUCCAUCAAUUAUUACCGAUAUUGAUCAAAUUAAUGAACCAAUUAGAUUCAUUGCUGGUUUGGAUAUUAGUUUUGUGAAAGGGAAUGAUAAAGCUGUGGCAUCUAUGGUUAUUUUUGAUUAUCGAACAUUAAAUAUUGUAGCUAAAAUCAGUAUUUAUUGCGUGAUUAAAAUUCCAUACAUACCUGGGUACUUAGCAUUUCGUGAAACUCCAAUUUAUAUGAGAUUGCUUGAUAUUCAAAAACAACGUUGUCCUCAUUUAACACCACAAGUUAUUUUAAUAGAUGGAAAUGGUGUUUGGCAUCCACGUCGUGCUGGUAGUGCUUGUCAUUUUGGAGUUUUAAGUGAUAUUCCAUGCUUUGGUGUAUCAAAAAAUGUUCUCUAUGUUGAUAGUAUUACAAGAUCUACAAUUCAAGAAUUAUUAAUUGAAAAAGCACCAGAAAAAGAUCAAUAUGUUGAAGUUACAGAUGAUAGUGGUAAUAUUCUUGGUAUAGCUUAUAAUGUUACUGGUAAUGUGAAAAAUGCUGUUUACAUUAGUGUUGGACAUAAAAUAACAUUACAAACAGCAUUAAAUAUAUUUCAGUCAGUAACUGAAUAUCGUAUUUGUGAACCAAUACGACAAGCUGAUUUACUUAGUCGAGCAAUGGUUGCGAGAAUUUCAUAG